GGCUGGUCGUAUAGGUCCGAUGCGUCACGUUUAUUUGGGCCUUCUGCACCCACUGGCAGGGAAGCGCCCGAUUUUUUCUCUCCCUGCCUUAAAACGUCCUGUAUAUAUUUAUUCCAAGCGUGGAUCUUCGGGAAAACAAGGUAUGCAUUUGGAGACAAUUCUUUGUAGUUUACUGGAGAAAAUUUCAGAUGACCCCCUGGAUUGGUAUUUAACAUAAGAUUUCACCUUGUCGAACACUCAUACCAUGAGCAAGCUUACCCAACAAUCUUGAACCUCUCCACAAGACUAUUUUAGUAUCAUUUGUUACCUUUGUGAACUGACUAUCACUAUCACUUGUUGAAACAUUUUUGUGCAAUCAGGUCCCAAAGUGCUGAUCCCUGAAAGCUGAAUUCAUACAUGUACAGUGGAAGAAUGACAGAAGCAUGGCAACAGCAACAUGCAGUGGCCCCUCCUCCCGUUGGGCACCCCCUUCUACAAGGGGCAGAGAAUGCUUUGGGCAGUGCUGCAUAUGGUAUUGUCCUACAGGCAGACCCUGCUUUACAGCAGUCUCAGCAUGGCCAACAUGCACAGCAGCACCCGCUGCCAGCUCAGCAGCCUCAGCUGCAGGUGGGAAGUGAAGGUGGCCACAAAUGUGGUGCGUGUGGCCAUGAUAUUUCACACUUGGCCAAUCCCCAUGAGCACCAGUGCAUGGUUAACCAGGACCGUUCGUUCCAGUGCACUCAGUGCAUGAAGAUCUUCAGCCAAGCAACGGAUCUUCUAGAGCAUCAGUGUGUUCAGGUUGAGCAGAAGCCGUUUGUGUGUGGUGUGUGCAAAAUGGGAUUCUCCCUUCUCACGUCUUUGGCACAACAUCAUAAUGAGCACACCAAUGGAAACAAUCCAAUGAAGUGCUCUAUUUGUGAAAAAACGUACCGCCCAGACUCCUCCUCUUCUAACCCUCAGCAACCCUCUACUGCUGAGACAUCCAGUGAUGGGGCAGCCAUGGGUUCCUCUUCCACUACAGCUUUCCAGGACUCCGACCGUCCAUAUAAGUGCUCGGUGUGCAAUAAGGCAUUCCGCCACCUUUCUGAACUCUCACGUCAUGAAAGAGUGCACACGGGCGAGAAACCCUACAAGUGCGACACUUGUGAGAAGACCUUUAGUCAAGCUUCUCAUCUGGCGCACCACCAGCGCACUCACAGUGCAGAUCGCCCGUAUAAAUGUGCCGUUUGCGAGAAGACCUUCAAGCACAGGCAGCACCUGGUACGGCACAUGUACGCUCACUCUGGCGAGCACCUUUUCAAGUGCAACCUGUGCGAGCUUCAUUUCAAGGAGUCGUCCGAACUGCUGCACCACCAGUGCCAGCCAGCUGGAGAGCGUCCCUUCCGCUGCGCAGCAUGCGGGAAAAGCUUCAAACGGCCCUCGGACCUGAGGCAGCAUGAGCGCACCCACUCCGAAGAGCGGCCUUUCCAGUGUGAGGAGUGUCAGAUGAGCUUCAAACAGCAGUAUGCGCUUGUUCGCCACCGCCGUACGCACAAAAACCCAGCAGAUCGCCCUUUCAAGUGCAAUCAGUGUGACAAAGGUUUCCUGCAGCCUUCCCACCUGCUGUACCACCAGCAUGUCCACGGUAUCGAGAGUCUGUUCAAAUGUGCCGCUUGCCAAAAGGGCUUCAGACAAUCCGGGGAGCUUCUAAGGCACAAGUGUACAGAAUCCAACUCUGGAUCGAACGCUGUGGAGAAGCCGUACAAGUGCGACGUGUGUGGGAAGGGCUACAAAAAGUCGUCAACGUUACAGAGGCACCAGAACUCCCAUUGCACCGAAAAGCCGCUGAAGUGCUCGCUCUGUGGCCGCCGCUUCCAGUCCUCGUCUGAUUUUGUGCAGCACCGAUGCGACCCUGCUCGGGAGAAGCCGAUGAAAUGCGCAGACUGCGAGAGGCGCUUUAACUCUAGUGCAUUUUGA